AUGGACUUUACUAUCAAAUUAGCUAUAGUUGUAAAAAAUCAGUUACAAUUAUACAAACAAACUACAGAAGCUCAGAGACUGCAGAGCUGGUUUGAGGAUGGUAUUACUACAAGUGGUGUUUAUACUGUUAAUCCUGAUGGAGGGACUCUAUUUAAAGUAUACUGUGAUAUGGAGACUGAUGGUGGUGGAUGGACUGUAUUUCAAAGGAGACAAGAUGGAUCUGUUGAUUUCUAUAGAUACUGGACUGACUAUGAGAAUGGAUUUGGUAACCUUACUGGUGAGUUUUGGUUAGGAUUGAGCAAGAUUCAUCGUCUUACUAAAGAAGGAUCAAACACACUAAGAGUGGACCUGGGAGACUUUGAGGGGAACACAGCUUAUGCUAACUACUCUACAUUUAAUGUUAGUGAUGGUAGUACUGAAUAUAUACUAACAGUAGGAGGAUACUCUGGUACUGCUGGGGAUAGUCUGUACUGGCAUAAUGGAUUGAGAUUCAGUACAAGAGAUAAUGACAAUGAUAACUUUGGAGAUAACUGUGCUGAAGACUAUAGUAGUGGCUGGUGGUUUCGCAGUGGUUGUUUUAUUGUAAAUCUUAAUGGUCGUUAUUCUAAUGCUUCACCUCAACGUGCUAAAGGAAUUCAUUGGAGUUCUUGGACAGGAUUCUACACAAGUCUCAAGUUCACAGAGAUGAAAACUCGUC